UGUAUUAUAUAGAUCACGUACUUGACUUACUAGACCUACAACCUAUACAUAAGAUAUCGUGAGAUAAAGAAAAAUAUCGAUCGUAAAUUUCUAAUCUGGGAUCUGAGCGAUAAUUUUUUUAUUCGAGUGGGCGCGUGGCACGGAAGUGGGCCAAUAACAAACAAAUAGAUACGUAAAUAUAGCUACCCAAUAUAUUAUAAUUCAAACUCGUAUAGAUACACACGUCAAUCAAUAGUUAAUAAACCUAUAAUAUAAUAUUAUUAUCAUUCCUAAUAUAUUCUAUAACAAUAUAUAGUAUAGCAACAAACAAAUGAAAUGUAAACAAAAAUGUGUUAUUAUUUUUUUUUUUUUUACCUCAGCUUUUAUAUGAAUCAAUACCGUAAAAUGCAAACAUUUACACGUCGUGUCACGCGUGGAAAAAGUAAAAUUUCCUGAAGGAUAAAUGAUCAUUUUCCAACGUCAUCAUGCAAAUCGAAACGAGUUUAUUACUGGCGAUGGUGACCGCUGCAGCAGCGGUGAUGAUGACGUCGCCGGUGAACGGGAUCGGGCUGCCAGUGGCCCGGUUGACGUACAUCGUGAGCGGGGCGCACCUCGAGUGGACGGGGCCCGGCGACCGGUUGCGGGCCACCGAGUCGGGCGAGUACGUGGCCCGCAACGUGGCGCCGGCCCGCAUGGCGAUGAGACACGACGGCGUCAUCUACCUGGCCAUGCCCAGGCUCAGACGUGGUGUGCCGUUCACGCUCGGCGCCGUCGAGUACGACCCGUGCCUGAGCACCAUAGAACCGCCCGUGUCGCCGUACCCUUGCGCGGCCGCCCACCGGGACAGCGGUACCGGUACGGGUAACUGGACCGUGGUCAACGUGGUGGACGUGCACCUGGACGACGGCGGCGUGCUUUGGGCGCUGGACGUCGGCAAGGUGAACUUGCUGGAGAACGGCGCGACCCGAGUCGUCCGGCCGCCGAUGGUGUUUGCGUUCGACACGGACACCGACGAAAUAGUGCGGGCGAUCGACUUGUCGCGCGCGACCACCGAGGACAGCUGCCUGCAAUCGAUCGUGGUCGAUCACAGCUCGACCGCGGGCCAGUUCGUGUACGUGUCCGACGCCGGUCUGGGCAACGUGAUCGUUUACAACGUGGACUGCGACAGUUCGUUCAAGGUGCACGUGCCGGUGGGACCGUGCGGCCAACGGGACGUCAUGUACAUGGCGCCGGUCCUGGCCGACGUGUUGGACAUGGCUGCGGGACGCGGCACGGCCCGCUACCGGCGGCUCUACGUCACGUACCUGUCGUCGUGCGACAUGAUAUACGUCCCGGUGCACGUCGUGGACGGGUCGACGGUCAGUCUGCCAACCGUCAACGUGGGCCGAAAACCGUGCAAGAUGGUCGUGCUGGGAACCGAUCGCGGGUCGGUCAUCUACUUCCGUACCGACGGCGACACCCGCGAAAUUCUCAGCUGGGACGUCAACAAGCUGUUCCGGCACGAAAACUUCAGGUCCGUGCAGCGCAGUCGAAAGUCCAGGAUACCGUUGAUGGUAACUACGGGUUUCCAGGGUUACCAGUGGUCCAUGGAGAGCAAUUACGUAGAUUUCCUGGUCGGCGACAUCGGGUGUCUGGGCAUCAGCACGAGAAUCGAACCGCUGCAUGUCCAUGACGAAUACCCCGACGACCCGUGUUCGAAUACGGUUCCGAUGCGAUGCGGUCGGGGCCCGACGACGGUGAAGACGAUCGGACCGAACCGGACGGAAGCGGCCGGAAGGAGUACUACGACUAUUGUCAACAAGAGACCCGCCGCAACAAUAGAUGCAGUUGAACAGGCACCGUACAAUUGAAUACAAAAUAUGAUGGUACAGACGCCGCCGCGCCGUCGGGGCUGCUGACCAUGACGAAGACGUUGGAAACGAUAAAACGUUUUGCCGGAAAACAGUUUUUAACCGGAAACGCAUACAAUAAUAAUAUUAAAAUAUUAUUAUUAUACGCAGUGAGUCCAAUCCAAAUACGAUUCAUUGUAUUCCGAAAAUGUCUCCGCGUACCUAUGCAUAAUAUCAUAUUAUUUAAUAUGUCACGAUUUGUUGAUUAUUCUCAUUGAUCGUAUACCUACAUACACUGUAAGCUCUACGCGUUAAUUAUUAUUAUAAAUAUUAUUAUUAUUAUUAUUUAUUUUUUUUAAUAUUAUAAUUUUCAAAAUUAUAUUAUUUAUAUUUGAUAUGCGCAAUAAAAUAAUGUAAUCAUUAA